UGAUGUGAUUCGUACUGCUGUGUUUAAUCGUGUUUGGCUUUUGGAAUCGACGCGCAGCGAAGAGAUCGAAGAAAUACGUACCGCGUAAACUUAUCGGUUUAAUCUCCGAUGGAUGACGAGAUGCUUAUCGAGUGCGUGCGAAAGCACGCAGAGCUGUACGACGUUUCCGAAAAGAGAUACAUCGAUGGGAUUCACAAGCAACGCGUAUGGAAAGAGAUAUCGCAGUGCCUCGGGCAUUCAGCGAUAACGUGCAAGACGCGAUGGAACAACAUCAGGGACAACUACCGGAAAUCCCUGAAGAAACGAGUCACGAGAAGCGGACUGACCGGACAGCCCAGGAACAUGAGAUACAAAUACGAGAACCAGUUAACCUUCCUGCUGCCAUUCAUAAGGGAGAGAGACCCCAAUCACUCGGAUUCUAUUAGGGAAAGUGAUGAGGUGCCGGCGGCGGAAGAGACGCCGCCGAUGAAGCGCGAUGACAUUCGCGAUUUGCAAACGAAGCCGGCCGCCAAUCCCGAAGUGACUGAGGACGAAACGAACAUCAGGUCGCACGGUGAGGAACCGACGGCGAGGAACGAAGAGCCCAGACAAGAAGUCGAGGAUGACUCAGGAUUGGUUAUCCCCAGGAUUGAAUUAACGACCUCGAAUUAUUCCGCAAAGAGCAACGAUCUCAAGCUCCAGGCCGCGUCGUCCCAGUCUCACUCCGUGGACGCUUUCCUGGCCAGCAUCGCGCCGACUCUGAAGUCACUGAGUCCCUAUUACCUGAACAUCACCAAGACCAAGAUAUUCGCGAUCGUGCAGGACGUAGAAAUUACUCAAAUCCUAAAUCGGGAGAUGCGGCAGGAGCUGCGGGAUAAGUGGCAGGAUCGGCAGGGUCGGCAGGAGUGGGAGAUGGAGCUGGAGCGGCGGGACUGGGAGAGGCAGCUGGAGCGACGACACUCGGAGCGGGACCAGGCAAAAAAGAAGCGGGCGACCAGCAGCCCGAAUGAGUCCAGCGCGAGUUCGUCCAGUCCGAAGCACGUGUCGCCGCCGCCGUACGACUUUGUCCUAUAGAUUGUCCCCAGUUUCCCCCUUAUAUUAACGACGUAAAUUGAUCGCGAUGGAUUUCUUUCUUCAAACGAAUUUCAGAUUUUUGUAGCUCGCGAUUCGUACGAGAUUCGCGAAUAGCAUUGACAGGCAGAUUCGUCGAGUUCGCGUUCGUUGUUUAACAUUCGUGCUGACACGCCAGUGGAGCGGUUUUUCGACAAAAUCGAAGGGCGCGAAUCAACAAAGUGUCAAUUCGCCUUGUUCGCAUACAGAGCUACAUAUAUGUAGAAACGACGAACCUCGAAUCGCAAACAAUACGAAAGGAUCCAUCGCGAACAACGAAUUUCUGCAAAUCUAUUAUGAAUCGUACAUAUCGCUAGUUUGAGAUGAAGCAAAACGUAACAAAAAGUCAACGAUAAUUAUCGUCACGUAAAAAAAAACUUCUUUUUGUACUCGAAAUAAACAUUUUUUGCGUAUAAUUUCACUAUAUCAGUAAUAAAAUGUUACAUUCUGUAACAAUAUAGUAAUAGAUUCUUUCCAAAGGACAAUUCGAUAAAGUUCUUUAAGCAUUUUAAUAUCAGAUUAAAAUUCUUAAAAUUCUGUUUUUUGUCCAAAUUUUAAUUCGCGAAAAAGACAUACAUUUCUCUUGACGUAUGUCACGAAGAAGAGAUGCACUUGAUAUCUCAUACUCGACAUCGUAAAACACAGCCGGCAGAGACGGAUAGGGAACUUGAAGGCUGGCCUGAAUUUGAUCUCGGAGAAAUCGAGAGACGGUACAUUGGUGAAUCGUGGAGAGUGCAUCGAUGAUGAGACGCAGACGAGCGCGGAGAAGAGAGGCAUUUGAUAGGCAUGUGACAUGGCAUACGAUCAAUAUAUACGACAAAACCGUUCAAAGGAGUGUCGACGGUUCUCUCAGCGCAGAUAAAGGCCGUACAAUGGAAAAGAAAAGGAAAAAGGAUUAUAGGAAACAAACAAAGUCUGUAUACACCAUGGAAGACCAGUUGUAAAAAACGUCGGCGAAUAGUCACGAUCUUAUUUGCGAAAUGCUUCACGAGUUCGUAAAAGCCGUGCACGAACGGCCUAUAAUAGCGAACGAAUUGUUAAGCAGUAACGGUUUAUGGACGAUCAUUGCGAUAGAUACGAGAUACAUGCGAUGCAACAUGGAAACGUGACUCAGAAAUGUUUCUGAGUCAUCUUACAUAUUACGCAGCGAAUGAGGAGGAAGUAAUUUUUUCGCAAAUGACAAUUAUCUCAGAUAUGAAAAUGUAUAACAACAUUUAAGGCGUUCAUGAAAAUUAA